AUGACUCGUCCUGGAGGAACCAAAUUGCUUGUGCGCCAAACAGGAGUUUUUUACACUGUAGAGCAAAAUGAAGAUGGAAAAUCCUACCUUCAUCAUAUUGAAGAUUUUGAUGGAUUCUACAAUUACAGUAACUACGUCGAUUUGAAUACUUAUAUAGAGUGUGUUAACGGUCUAUUUUGCUUUUGGAGGGAGACAUGGCAGCCUGUUAUAAUUUGCAAUCCAAGUACAAGAGAAGUAAGAAUUCUUCCCCGUAUAGAUAUGAAAUUUUGUAUGUGUCACUACUCAUUAGGUUUUGAACCAGAAAAAAAGAUUUAUAAAGUCUUUUUCAUGAAACCUGAAUAUAUCGAAGGGUCUUUAGAAAAUUACACAAGAAUUUGGGUUUUCGCUUUGGGUAUAGACGAAUCAUGGAAUGAGAUUGAAAGCAUUCCACAGUUUAAGCGAUUUAGGGGCGCCGUUUGCAUUAAUGGUGUUAUCUAUAUGGUGAAUAGUUGUAUUAAUAGAAAAAAUAUAGUUGCAUUUGAUGUGAAAACUGAAAGUUUCAGAAUUGUUACAUUGUGGAAAGCUUCAGAUCAUAUGAUAGUUAAUUUCAACCUAAUAGAAGUGAAGGAAAAAUUAGCAGUGGUUGAAUAUAAUGGGAUGAUGAUUAGUGGAGAAAUUGAUAUGUGGAUUUUGGGAAACGUUCAAAAUGAAGAAUGCAAUUGGGAGAGGUAUAUUAUUAUUGGCUUUGUCAGUCUUGAUCAUGUGCCUUGGGAACUUUCCGUUGGUGCGACGCAGCCGUUGGUUCUCCACUACUUUAACUUGGGAUUCCUUGCUCAGUUUUUCCGCUCCAAUUUUCUGACUUUGCCAUAG